UCUGGUGGAACUUAAAGGGAAUGCGAGUUUAAGGCAUAUGAUUAGUUGUACAGCAUUAAAUUGAUGUGGAUUUGACAUCGUAUACUAAUGUUUAUUUUAUGUCGUUGAUUUCACCAGGUGAAUAAAGGUAUUUUUGUUCUUCUUGACAGCUGCUUCUCAUUCCAGCCCCCUCCCUUCCUGAAGAGCCCAUCACGUUCAAGCGUCACCGGAGCUCUCCGCUCUCAACAUGCGGACGUCGAGGCUCCAGCUGGCCGCCGUACUGGCGCUGUUAUCCGCCGCGGGCUGCUCGCUGGCGGAGGUGAUCGAUGACGUGCUGGGCAGCCUCUCCAAGGGCGCGACGUUCCUGGAGCGCCAGCAUGAGCACAUCAACCUGGACGGCGUGGUGGGCUUCCUCAUGCUGCAGGCUGAACUGAAGGAGGCAGUUAGGACGUGGCCUCACUCUGACCCAGUCAGCUGGGCUCAGAGGACGGCCUCCGUGGAUUUGGUCAAACGUCUGGACCGAAGUUUUGACAAUGCCAUCGCUGCCCUGGAGCAGAACGACCCAAAAUAUUACCAAGAGUUUGAACCCCUCCUCACAUGGAGGUUCUGGCAGGUUCCUCAAAAGUGGAGUGCCACAGACCCCAGCUUGGUGUACCCCUCAGCCACCACCAGCGAGUGUUACGAUGAGCAGCUUAGCGACAAGUGCCUGACACUGCUGCUCGGCACCUGGAAACUGAAGGGGACACCCUGCAUUGUCACCAAACCCUGUCGGGACACCAUGACUCGUUUCGGCUGCCCUCACUACUCCCUGUCCCACCAGCUGCUCUACUUCAUGAUUGGGAAGAUGAAAGGCUGCUCCAACCUGCUAAAGGGCGACAUGCGAGCAUCCCGGACCAACAUGACGGAACGCAGCUACCAGAAGAUCUUCUGCUCCAACAUGAUGAAGACCAACCAGGACAUCAUCAGGGAUGGUCUGACUGAGCAAACGGCUGACAUCUUCAUUGAGAACAUCCUCAUCUGUGGACUGGCCGGCUUCUCCGACUUCUACAAAGCUGACUGGCUGCAGCACAUCCUCCGCCUGCAGGACGACGAGCUGGGCUGCUUUGGGCGCGAUAGGAGCAUCAUCUCGCAGAUGAUCGGUGACGAGCUGCUGGAGCAGCUGCAGCCUCACCGCCGUGUGAAGAGGAGGGAGAAGAUACUUUCUGAUGGCUGCUCCAGUCACAUGACGGCUGUGGCUGUCGGCGCCCUGGGAGGAUAUUUAAACUACUACUUGGCAGAGCAGGACAUAACCAAGAGGCCCCUCUCGUGAUCCCCACCGCCCCUUCUCUGGGCCCUCACAGUCAUGGUGGGCAUGAGUCCAACACUGCUCUCUCUGGCCCAAAAUGGAAACUUCCUUCCCGUUACGCAGUAGAGUGCAGACAGAGGACUGAAUCGUACGUCUUCAUAGAUACAAUUCCCGUUUAGGUCCUUUAACUGGCUCUUCUUGGAGUCCUCCACAAAGCCCAAUAGAGAAGUCAUCAUUUUUGUGUCAUCCUGCUAACAAACAAACACAAAGUGAUACAAAAUAACCUGAAAGUACCAAUAUAAGCUGCCCGUUUUAUAUUUAAAGUAUAAUGCACAGAAGUAUGUGAAGAGUUUGGUAGGCUUUAUGUCAAGCAUGACCAUGAAUGUAUGUAAAAACGCCACAUCCAAAAUAAACACAUGGACGUGUAUAUAC